AACCGGUGAAAGGUGACGUAAAAGCGCACGGGGUGGGGCGCGGGGCUCGGGACGUCAAAGCCCUGCGUCCUUCGGCCCCCGGAGCGGAGAAGCGCGCACGACAGCGGUGACAGCGGCCACGGCAGCGGCGACAGCAACCCCUGCUGGGCCGAAACUGGGCAGAGCGGAGCAGACGUCUGAAGCAGCGCGAGUGAGGCGCGAGGGUAGCGCCCGCGCCAGGGAAGACCCCCUCGGCGCGAACCGGCGGCCCAGCCCCGGGUCCGGGCUCCCGAGGCCCCGCCUCUAGGGCCUGGGGACUAAUCGGAUUGAAAGCGCGCCGGCCCGGGCCGCGAACUCGCCAAUUGCGGAGGGCGGUGGCCACCGCCCAAUCCGGAGCAGACAGGUGCGAGGUCCGGAAGGCGGAGGCCAAUCGGCGGCGGUUGCGACCUGCUGGGGCAGGUCUCGGCCAAUAAGGAGGCUCGAGUGACAUCUUCGCCCACCAAUCGGGAGUGAGGGAGCAUUCGUGCCCGCUCGCCCUUCCGGCCAGACCUCUAUUUACCAGGGGCGUGCAGCCCGCUUGCCAAUCAGAGCGCCGCUGAGCGGCCCGGCAGCCAACCCCCGAGGAGCGGCCGGCUGGCGUCCGCCGCGCCCAGGAGUUGGGGAUGUCCUACAAACCCAUCGCCCCUGCCCCCAGCAGCACCCCUGGCUCCAGCACCCCUGGGCCGGGCACCCCGGUCCCUACAGGUGAGGAUCCAGCUCCACCCCUGCUCACCUGCCGGGCGGUCGAGGUCUCGAAGAGAAGACGGCCUGAGUUCUGCAAUACUGGGCUUGCCGCCUACCCUCGCUGAGCCUCAGUUUGCUGGCCUGUGAAGUGGGCGUGGUCACGAAGCGUCCCGUCGCCUUCGGGCUCAGUGCCAGGAGCCGCCGCUCCUUUUAGACCGCUGUUUAACGACUUUGGACCGCCUUCCAUGGGCUACGUGCAGGCGAUGAAGCCACCUGGCGCCCAGGGCUCCCAGAGCACCUACACGGACCUGCUGUCAGUCAUAGAGGAGAUGGGCAAAGAGAUCCGGCCCACCUAUGCUGGCAGCAAGAGCGCCAUGGAGCGCCUGAAGAGAGGUAUCAUCCAUGCCCGGGCCCUAGUCAGAGAGUGCCUGGCAGAGACAGAGCGGAACGCCCGCACGUAACAGGAAGCACCUCGGCCUCAGCGUCUGGACCUUUCCCGGCCACUGCAGAGCACCCGCUUCUCCCUGGCCUUCAUCCCGAGUUGCACUAACCAUCCUGGGCUUCCUGUCCUGUGUCCCUUGGUGGGUCCCCUCCAGGAACCAAGGAGCGGCUCUCCAGGUGGCAGCACUAAGGACAUCCCCCCACAACAAGAGUUAGCAGCGAGGUCCCCAUGAGUCCCACCCAUGACCUGCCAACAGUGUUGCCCACCGGAACUUUCUGUGGUCCCCACCGCUCAGCCCUUCCCAGCCCUUCUCCCACUUUGUCCCGAGCCUCCUUCUCCCCCAGCAGGGGCUCAGGCCUGGCACCUCACUGCCUUGUGUCCUGAGCCAUAGUGACUCUUUUAUCUGUGUGUCUUUUGCUAAAUAUGUCCUUUUUAUAUUAAUAAAAGAUGAUUUGGAGUUGUGUUCUCA